AAAAACCCUUGGAUUCUCUGAAAGGCGAGGCAGAGCUGAAACAGUGGCUACUUUCAAAUAAAUUAACUUAUAACCUGGAAGAACACAAGGUGAAAUCUUCAGAUGUUGAGUUACCAAAUUAUUGUGCACAGGGAAGUGUUUACUUUGGAGGCCAGCGGUGAUGCAAGAGAUGGCCGGGAGGCGCUUUCCACUCUGUGAUCUACUUCCGAACCUGAUUAACUUCAUGCACAGGAGCCGUGGAGAGGACCCUCUGACGGAGAAGUGAACUGGCAGCACAUGAGAGGAGUUUUUCCAAAACAAGUGGAUGAUCCUCUUUGAACAUUUUCUACUGAGAUACGGCGGCACUGUCUCAGUGACCCACUGCCCGAGGAGGAGGUCACCAUGAUCUCCACAGCUGUCCGCUGGCUCUUCCUCAUCUGCUUUAUCAUUCUGACCAUUGGUGGGAACAUGCUGGUAUGUCUGGCCGUAGGGCUCAGCAGACGACUUUGGCGCAUAGCUAACUGCUUCGUCGUGUCACUGGCGGUGACAGAUCUCCUGCUGGGCCUGCUGGUGAUGCCCCUGUCCGCCACUGUGGAGCUGCGCAGUGGGAAAUGGCCCCUCGGAGGAGCACUGUGUAACAUCUACAUUUCACUGGAUGUCCUCCUGUGUGCCGCCUCCAUCCUCACUUUGAUGGCCAUCAGUGUGGACCGAUAUCUAGCCAUUUCAGCUCCCCUUAGCUACUCCCGGAGAGUUACCCCUCUGAGGGUCACACUGGCCAUGAUCGCCAUCUGGGCCUUGUCACUGGCUGUGUCCUUUGUGCCCAUCCACCUGGGCUGGAACACAGUGGACUACAGAGUGCAGCACUUGGACUGGGGCAUCGGGGACGAGGACAAGGAGGGACGCUACUGCCAGUUUGAAUGGAAUAACAACUAUGUGCUUAUUUAUGCCUUUGGCUCAUUUUACCUGCCUCUGCUGCUUAUGUGUGGAAUGUAUCUUCGCAUAUUCAGAGUGGCGCGAGAACAGGUGCGGCGCAUUCGUGCUGCCACUCCAUCAUUUGCACGCUCGGCAUCGACUGCGGCCAUAGCUCGAGAGCACAAAGCUACCGCGACCCUGGCAGCUGUGCUGGGGGCCUUUGUCAUCUGCUGGUUCCCCUACUUCACCUUCUUCACCUGCAUGGGCAUAAAGGAAAAGACAAACCCGCCUAACACGCUCCACUCCGUCGUCCUGUGGCUGGGCUAUUUUAACUCUGCUCUCAACCCCAUCCUGUACCCGGCCUUCAACAGGGAUUUCCGCAGGGCCUACGCAGAGCUGCUUCGCUGCAGAGGACCGUCUCACAGAAAACUGCAGCUCACUCGUGUGUCCGUGCAUAAACGAUUGACCUUUACUAACGGUCAGAGUAUUCCCCGACAGACUGAGAAACAUACAGACACAGUUAAGAAGGAAGCUGAGGGGAAGAGCCUCGCCACACUCGAGGGAAAUGGUUUCCCCAUUGAGCCGAGCUGAAGUGUUGCUGAGCCACCGCUGGACCGUAGACUGGCAGCAAAAUGUUGAAAAUUACAAAGGCGCUCCACUACUCACAGCAACAGAUCGACGGUAUCAGUUAGAAUCUAACUCUGCUCAGUGUUUGGUGCCAAAGCCGAUGCAAUUCAUGUAAAAUGCGAGGCACAGCAUCGAGAAUGAACACAACUGGUCGCCUAUUAUCUUCUUGAUUGCACUGAAUUUUGACAAUCAGUGAAAUUCACAGUAUUGUUUUGUCUAUUUAUAAGAUGUACGUAUACAGCAUGUGGUCAUCUUUGUAAGCAUGCAACAUUGUCAAAUGUUCAAAAUACAGAGCAGGACGAGCUGAGCUGAGCUGAGUGGAAUGAAUGGAUGACUCAGUAAGAUUCCAUAAAGCUGCCCGGGGACACCGCUGGUUAAAAGUUUGCAAAUUGUUUAUUUUCUCUCUCCUCUGCCCAGCCAGCGAGGGUGAAUAAGUGACAAGCGAGUUGAUUUGAUAUGUAUGAUAUGUGCAUACGACCUUCCUGGAUGUUUCAGUUUGUAGGGAUAACUUUGAGAUGGAUUACUGGAAAGAAAGCUCACUGAUAAAUAUGAUAUCAAUUCAAAUUCAGCUGGUUUUAAAGCAACAUUAUGUAACAUUUUUACCUUAAAACAACAGCUUCAGAAUCAUUUUGACAGUACAGUGUCUUGUAACAAGAUGAAUGGUGUCACUUUCUCAGCCACUCCGCCCCCCAUGAAUUUCCAACACAUAACAUUGUUGUAAUGUAAUGAGUUUUGUUCUUAGUUAACACCUACAUUACAUGACUAACUGUCGCAGACCUGGGAUCUGUAUUUACGACGGUGGUGUUAACUUCAGAAACUGUGGAGAGGCGCUAAAUCACACAAAAUGCCAAUUUCUACACAUGUUGCUUUAUUUCAAUUACAUCAUUUACCAAAUAACAAUUUAUAAUUUUCAAUUAAUUAUAAAAUGAAUGAUGAUAUUUCAUUAUAAUAUGUUUUAUAAUAAAAUAUUACAUUCAAAUCAAGGGUAACUGCCUUCUGGCUUACUGUAUGAUUAAUGGAAGUAUUGUGUUGGUUUUGUGGUGCUUUUAAUGAUGAAUUGUAAUAAAGAUCAUCACCAAUAGUGUGCAGUUUUUCAUGCCUUGUCAGUUUCAAGACAAGGCAGGCUGACCGUGAUUAAAGUUUAAUGUGAGCCUCAGCCUUGUCAGUGGUACUUGACGUAGACUGAAACAGGAAAAGGAGAUUUAAAUCCCUGCUGGAAUAAAUUGAUGACUCGCCUCAGCCUUGUAAAGGAGGCUGCGCCGCUGAGGAGGAAACAUUAGAUCACACUUAGAUUCCUGAAUACAGGGUCUAAAAGUGGAGGCGGUGGAGCCAGCAGCUGCACGGCGACGUAUAAAAUGGAAGUCAUAAAAUUAUCGGAUCUAAUUCAGGUCAGGUGGCAGAGGAGUAAAAAAGGUGAGAAUGGAGGUGCGGGACCACUUAUGGGGAGCAUUAAAUGCAGCUGAGUCCUCUGAGCUGAGAUAGGAGUGAAUUUUUGACACCGUUUCCAGUCACAUCACGUCAGUACGUCUCCAGCACAAAGGUCUCUCAGAGUGCAGUGAAAUUGAGGUUAAAAGAGUUUGUCUCUAUAAAAACUUGCUGGGAAUCCAACAGAGAAAGGCUCCGUGGAUGUAUUUUAACAUGCAAUAGAUCAAGCCCGUCUCGGCGCAGACACAGAAAGAGUAAACAAAGGUGAUGUUGGCAGUAGUAGGUGGCAGUGACAGCUGUGCACGCAAAGAUUUCAAGAGUAAAGAGACUUGAUGGAGUCUACGGCAGCUGGCACGGUGACAAAUGUCACUAUCGUCGAAUGCUAUUUUAACAAAAAGGUGCAUCCAUCCAUCUUUAUACAACCAGCAUUUCAAAAACAUUGGAGGCACAGAUUUUUCUACGAAUGGUUGUAGUUCAAUCAUGUUUUUGUCACUCGUUAGCCUGUAACUAGUAACACUUUGCCUGUGGAACAUUCAGUUUUUGUUUUUUCUAAUAAUCCACCACUUUCCCACACCUCUUGUUGUACCCAACUUGUUUGAAAGUGGUAAAUCACUUGACAGAUUGCAUAUCCUCAUAUUGAAAAAUAGAGGAAAUUAAAGGUUUAAGUCCGCAGUGCAUAUUUGCAAUACAGCUUGCCGUUUCAUCUGUUCAACAAGAGAUGGAUCGGAGGGGAACUCUAGGAGCUUUUGGUGCAUUGUAAUACUUGUCCUCUGUGAAAUGAGCGAGAGAUUCAAGUUUUCAAUCAGGCUUUUUGAAAUGUUCUUUGUUGGUUUUGUGUGUCUGCUAUUGUGAUGGUAAAAUAAUAAAAUGGACAGUUCAAAAUAUCCUUACUUGGCUGCCAAAGAAACUAAAAAUAAAAUUGUUAAUCUGUGUCUUUAAAGCUCUGAAAUGUCUCUCACCUGCAAACUGUAUAAAGGGAACACGGACUCCUUAUCAUGUAUCAUAGAUGUAUUACUGUAUUAUGCAUGGAUAGAUAUUAA